GCAGAGGCAGAGGAGAAGCAGCACAGAACUGGCUCUUUGAACUGAGCAGGAACGCUCUGAUUCCACAGCUAUGGCACCCACUGUUUUUGGACAAGCAAGCUAUCCUAAGCAGCACCUGGCUCCGGCUCAUAAGCUAAGAAAGCCAAUGGUGGAGAAACUGCGCAGAGACCGCAUCAACACCUGCAUCGAGCAGCUGAAGUCUCUGCUGGGUCCUGAGUUCAUCAGGCAGCAACCCGACUCCAAGCAAGAGAAGGCGGACAUCUUGGAGAUGGCGGUGUGCUACCUGAGAGCGUGGCAGCUUCAGAAGCAGCAGCAGCAGCAGCACCAGAAGGCCGGUGGGGCCCGCGGCCCGACGGCGGGCGGCGAUGGCUACUCUCGCUGCGUGCAGGAGGCCGUCAGCUUCCUGUCCCACUGCGAGGGGCAGACUCAGGCCCACCGACGGCUGCUCAGCCACUUCCGGGGCCUGCAGGCGUCCGGCGUGGCUCCGCGCCGCCUCUCCCCUCCGGGUUCUCCGCUGCAUCAGAUCACCUCCGGCAAAGGUGCGGGUCAGGCCGGCAGCGCGCUGUGGAGGCCCUGGUAGGAUGGAGGCAGCCUCUCACAACUCAGAACGUCAUGGACACAACGUCAAAGACUCGUUGGAGUCUGUUUCCGUUUGCUUUGGCAGAAGAUUCAAUGUCGUAGAGUGUUGUACUAGUACAGCGAAAUGGGCACAAUGUGCCAAUGUUCCUUUGGAAGGACUGAAAUGAUCAGGUUUUACUGAACAUGUUCACAUUACACGCUUUAAAAUUUAAAGUGCUUACUCGUGUUCCCGUGGGGAAAAAAUAACAUUGUUUGUUUUACAAACAUCACAGAAUUGUCGUGUUGUAACACCCACAUGGGGUUGAAACUAUAGGUGUCUGAGACACUGAUUUAUGUGUUUAAACUACUGUCUGUCGCUGGUACUAAGUAUCACCGACUGACACAUUUCAUCAGUUUGGUGACGAUGAACAUCGCUUUAUUGGAUCCAAUGGAUUCACUUUUACUGUAAAUCGCAUUAUGAUUGUACUUAAUUAUGACUAUAUGUAGCCAUUAUUUGGUAUGUGUGAAGGUGUGUUUUACCUGUUCAGUUGUAAUUUUCAUAAUAGAUGUUUUUUUCAUCUUCAAGUCUAUACCUUUUAUAAAGUCAUGUUAUGUUGACAUCUAUCUUUACUAAAGGAAUCUGUUGAUCGCUUCCUUGAGAAGUUUGCUUUUGAACUUGAAAAAUAAAUGGGAAACUUCACAUGAAGUUUUACAAACAUAAACCAAAGCAGCGUCUUUAUUUUCU